AUGGGCUUACGGUACAAAGUCUUUUUCAGCAAACGCGACUCGGCCACUCGGUCUGGCCCAGCUGGUCAUGAUCACCUUAAGUGGGUGCCCACUUCCUCCACGCUGAUCUACGGCAACAAAGAUGCUGUUUUAGUCGACGCCCAGUUGACUACCAAAGCGUCGAAUGAGCUUUUGGAGUGGGUAAUCGAGAGCGGCAAGAAUGUCACCCACAUCUACGUUACACAUGCCCACGGCGACCACUUCUUUGGCAGCGCGCCUAUUCUGGACCGAUUUCCCAAGGCCGUUCUCGUCGCAACGCCCGAAGUUGUGGCCAAGAUGAGUCAGGAGACUGCACCGGAGCGUCUCAGCGGGCUUUGGGAAAAGUUGUUUCCCGGCCAGAUUCCGCCGACUCUGAGGGUUGCAGAGCCUCUUGAGCAAGACUACCUUGAACUAGAAGGUGAAAAGUUGCUGGUGGUCAGGACGGGUCACACCGACACCGAUGAUACGACAACCCUCUGGGUUCCCUCUAUCCAACUUGCUGUGACCGGCGAUGCUGUCUACGCAAACACUCACCCGUAUCUGGGAGAGUCCGGGGCAGCUAGCAAGCGAAAGGAGUGGGUAAAGGCUCUGGAUACCAUUGCCGCACUCCAGCCCAAGCAUGUCGUGGGCGGGCAUAGCGAUCCGAGUCGCUCAUUUGGCAUCGAAUCAAUCGAGGAUACCAAGACAUAUUUUGAGAAUUUUGAGAAAGUCAGCGCGGAGACGAAGACGGCCGAAGAGCUGUAUGCCCGCAUGAUGGAGAUCUAUCCCAACCGCAUCAAUCCGGGAUCUCUUUGGGCAGGGGCUAUUUUAAUCUACAAGUCGUAGGAUAGGAUCAAAC